GGCGACAAUCUGGCGUUUACCGCGUUGGAGAUAGUUUUGAUAUAUUGUGAUGACGUUGAUUGCCUUUUUUUGAGUGUAGAAGUUGAUGGAAUUUACAGAUGGGUAUGAGUUGUGUCAUGUAUAGCAGCGUGUGUGUUGAUUUGGAUGAUUGUGUAAAAAGGUUUUAGGACUUGGAUUAGUUGUUUCUCGGUGAUUUAAGCUGCAUUUUGAUUCAAGGAUUUGCAGAGAGAGUUAUUUUCAGAUGAAUGUGGUAAUCUUUGGGAUUCAUCACUUCAAUUGUUCAGGAUUUUGAAAGGUUUAAUUAAAUUGCUUGAAGUUUAUAGCUAUUCCUUUGGACGGAGAUUGAGGUUGAUGACUAGGAUGGUGCUUUGUUAGAAUGAAAGAUUGCCCUUGGCUGGAUAGUUGUUUUGGAAUUUUAUCUUUGAGGGGUUUUGGAUUGGAGCAGAAAGGAUUGCAGGUGUUUGUACAUAGAAAUUUCAAGAAUUGUUGUUUCUCUUGAUGGGAUGGUGUAACCCCUGAAUUUGUUAGGAUUUGAUAUUUAGGUUAUUGUUUGUUAAGAGCAGCAAAUGAGGAGAGCAUAAUGAUUGAGGGCUGCUGUAUUGGUUCUAGAUGGAUGCCCCCAGAAAGACAUUCUCUGAGUUAGUUGCUCUAGUAAAGUCAUGGCUCCCUUGGACAUCAGAGCCUUCUAAUGUGUCAAGGGAUUUCUGGAUGCCCGACCAGAGCUGUAUGGUAUGCUAUAACUGUGAUUCCCAGUUCACAAUAUUUAAUCGUAGACACCAUUGCCGACUCUGUGGCCUAGUUUUCUGUUCCAAGUGUGCAGCAAACUCAGUUCCUGCACCAUCUGCUGUCAAAGGGCCUCCUUAUGAAGACUGGGAGAGGAUUCGGGUAUGUAAUUAUUGUUUCGAGCAAAGGGAGCAGAGUACAGCUACUCCUGAUAAUGGAGAACAGGUUUAUAACCUGGGUCUUAGUACUUCACCAUCAGCCACUAGUUACCUCAGCACUAAAUCUAGUGGAACUGCCAUCAGUAGCUGUUUAACUAAUGAUUCAGUGCCAUACACAGUUGGGAAUUAUCAACAAGUUCAACAGAGUUCUUACCUCAGCCAUCAAUUAUCCGCAAUGAGUACAACAAGCACAGAUAGGCAAGGUGAAGCUUUACCAAGAAGGAGUGAUGACCUUGUCAUGGACACAGGGAAUCCUUCAAGCCAAGCUGCAUUUACACUGAACAAGAGUGACGAUGAGGAUGAUGGGUACAGUGUAGAUCUUUCUGAUUCUGAGACAAAGCAUUUCCCUCCAGAUAAUGACUACUUUGGUCAAGUUGACUUGGAUGAGAUGAGCAUUGAUGAUGGAUCACAGAAGUUGUAUCAUGAUGGCGAAAAUGUGAGCACAAAGAGUCUAGGCAAUUCUCCAUCAAAUCACAGCUUUGCCUCUCCUUCUUUAGAAGGAACCCCAGAGCUCAGAAAGAAUGAGCAUGAUGCUGGUGAUGAAUGUAAGGCAUCUUCCUCUCUAUAUGCUGCAGAGAAUGUUGAGGCUGAACCUGUGGAUUUUGAGAAUAAUGGACUUCUCUGGCUCCCACCUGAACCAGAAAAUGAAGAAGAUGAGAAGGAAGAUGCUCUGUUAGAUGAUGAUGAUGAUGAGGAUGGGGAUGCUACAGGAGAAUGGGGACAUCUACGUAACUCAAGGAGCUCUGGAAGCGGGGAAUAUCGAGAUAGGGACAGGUCAAUUGAGGAGCAAAAGAAAGCAAUGAAGAAUAUAGUUGAUGGGCACUUUAAGGCUCUUGUAGCUCAGCUCUUACAAGUUGAGAACCUUCCUGUGGGUGGUGAUAAUGGUGAAGAGGGAUGGUUGGAGACCAUCACGUCCCUUUCAUGGGAGGCUGCAACACUGUUGAAGCCAGACAUGAGCAAAGGUGGAGGGAUGGACCCUGGUGGAUAUGUUAAAGUCAAAUGCAUAGCUUCUGGACACCAUUCUGAGAGUAUGGUGGUCAAAGGAGUUGUUUGCAAGAAAAAUGUUGCCCAUCGACGGAUGACUUCAAAAAUAGAGAAACCUCGGCUGUUGAUUCUUGGGGGUGCUCUUGAAUACCAGAGGGUUUCUAAUCAAUUGUCAAGUUUUGAUACCUUGUUACAGCAGGAAAUGGACCAUUUGAAGAUGGCAGUAGCAAAGAUAGAUGCUCAGCACCCUGAUCUUCUUCUUGUAGAAAAAUCAGUUUCUCGAUUUGCACAGGAGUAUCUUCUUGGCAAAGAUAUAUCACUUGUUCUCAAUAUUAAGAGGCCACUUUUAGAACGGAUAGCUCGCUGCACGGGUGCUCAAAUAGUCCCUUCAAUUGAUCAUCUGUCCUCCCAAAAGCUUGGCUACUGUGAGAAAUUUCAUGUGGAAAGAUUUCUGGAAGAUCUUGGCACUGCUAGACAAGAUGCAAAAAAAUUGGUCAAGACGUUGAUGUACUUUGAAGGCUGCCCAAAGCCAUUGGGUUUUACUAUUUUACUUAGAGGUGCAAAUGGAGAUGAAUUGAAGAAAGUGAAGCAUGUGGUCCAAUAUGGGGUUUUUGCAGCUUAUCACUUGGCUGUGGAGACAUCUUUUCUGGCUGAUGAAGGGGCUUCCCUGCCAGAUCUCCCACUGUUAAACUCUCCCAUCACUGUGGCACUUCUAGACAAACCAUCAAGCAUUGAGAGAUCCAUCUCAACAGUUCUCACUUUCCCUGCCAGUGAAAAGCCCCUGGAACCUCAAUGUAGUGAGCCACUAAGAUCUAACAGUUUGCCCACUUCAGAGCUUGCAUCAUCCAUCAUUAAUGGUCCUUUCCAGAAAAUAGAGGCCACACCGCCAUCUUGUUUACCAAAUGCACCAAGUUUACAGUCCACACAACCCACUUUGACUUCCAUAGAUUCACCAGGCCUUCUAUCUUCUGCACUUUGCGAAAAAGUUGAUAGAUUGGAGGGAAAAAAUGAAAUGGAGCUGAGAGAAUCUCUGAUGGUAAAAAAUUCUGAAGCCAAUGGUGGGCUGGCUACCAUGAGGGAUUGUCUCACUACUAAUGAUGUUGGGUCUUUAGAAGCUUCAGGAGGAUGUUCUCUGAUAAGCAGUGACCAAAAAGAUCAUAGAGCAACUGAUGGAAAUCAGCUUGGUGGUUCAGAGGAAUCUUCCUUGCAACAAGAUGCUAAUAACCAUUCUGAGGAGCCAACACCGUGCGAAGAAGCAUUUCCUCCCUCACCUUCUGACCAUCAGAGCAUUUUGGUUUCUUUAUCAUCAAGAUGUGUGUGGAAAGGGACUGUCUGUGAAAGGUCUCAUCUCUUUCGUAUCAAGUACUAUGGAAGCUUUGACAAGCCUCUUGGUCGGUUUUUACGGGAUCAUUUAUUUGAUCAGAGCUAUCGAUGUGAUUCUUGUGAUAUGCCUUCAGAAGCUCAUGUCCACUGUUAUACCCAUAGACAAGGCACUCUCACUAUAUCUGUGAAGAAGCUCCCAGAGAUUCUCUUACCAGGUGAAGGUGAUGGGAAGAUCUGGAUGUGGCACAGAUGCCUGCGGUGUCCAAGGACCAAUGGUUUUCCUCCAGCUACUAGGAGGAUAGUAAUGUCUGAUGCUGCUUGGGGUUUAUCUUUUGGGAAGUUUUUGGAACUCAGUUUUUCAAACCAUGCAGCUGCAAGCAGGGUUGCAAGCUGCGGCCAUUCCCUUCACAGAGAUUGUCUUCGUUUCUAUGGAUUCGGGAACAUGGUUGCUUGCUUUCGGUAUGCAUCAAUAGAUGUUCUUUCUGUCUACCUUCCACCAGCAGAACUUGAUUUUGACUUCGAGAAUCAGGAGUGGAUACAAAAAGAAUUAGAUGAGGUGGCUCACCGGGCUGAAAUUAUAUUUUCUGAAGUCCUCAAUGCUCUAAGUCAAAUUUCAGAGAAAAAGUUAAGCAAAGAGGCACUUAUUAACACCAUUAAGGUACAUGAACAAAGACACCAAAUUAUUGAACUAGAAGGGAUGUUGAAAAAGGAGAAGGCAGAGUUUGAGGAAUCCUUGCAGAGGACAUUGAAGAGAGAAGCAAGGAAAGGGCAACCUCUUAUUGACAUUCUUGAGAUUAAUCGACUACGGAGGCAGUUACUUUUCCAAAUUUAUAUGUGGGACCACCGCCUGAUUUAUGCUGCCAAUUUAGAUAACAACAGCCUUCGGGAUGGUUUGUGCAGUGAAAUUUCAGAAUACGAGGAGAAACCCUUAACAAAUUGUGAUAAAGUCAAAGAGAUAAAUAUGGAAGCAGAGCCUGGAAAGGGCUCUGACUCUGUUGUUGUGGAUGCAAGGCUUUAUGAGAGUUCAGAUCACAAAGGAGAAUUUGAUGGUGGCACUAACCAGUCUGAUGCAAUUCAGCAAGAAUCAGCCACGAGUGAAGAUUCAAGUGGAAAUGAAGACCCAGGUAAUCUUUCUGAGAGCAGUAGCUUGUUUGAUAAAUCUGAACAUGUAGAAACUGGGGAAAAUAUUCGUCGAGUCCUGUCAGAGGGCCAGUUUCCUGUCAUGGCUAAUUUGUCAGAUACCCUUGAUGCUGCAUGGAUAGGUGAAAACCAUCAAGCAACAAAAAUAUCAAAGAACAAUUCCUGUUCACUUUCUGAUUCUGCUGUAGCAGACCCUCCUUCAGUAACUGCAGUGACAGAGGGGUUAGAGUUGGAAGACCAUGCUGGACAUCAAAAUAGGCUCAAUGUCAUGCAUUCUAUUUCGCCUUCACUGUCAACAAAAACCUCUGAGAAUUUGGAAGAUUCUGUAGGAUGGUUAAAAGUACCCUUUUUAAGCUUCUAUCGUUCAUUGAAUAAAAAUUUUUUAACUAGUGAUGAAAAGCUACACACAUUAAGUGAAUAUCAUCCCAUCCACCUCUCAUCAUUCCACGAACUGGAAUUGCAAGGUGGGCCUAGGCUGCUUCUGCCAGUGGGUGUCAAUGACACUGUCAUUCCAGUUUAUGAUGAUGAACCUACAAGUAUUAUCUCUUAUGCUUUGGCAUCACCUAAAUAUCAUCUCCAGAUAAAUGAUGAUGGAGAAAAACCCAAGGACAGUGUGGAUUUAAUAGCCUCAUUACCUCUAUUUGAGUCAGUGAAUUAUCAGUCAUUUAAUUCUGUGGAUGAGACAACUCUUGAUUCUUACAGAAGUUGUGGGUCAACAGAUGACAGCAUUUUAUCAAUGUCUGGAUCCUGUAGCUCCCUAAUGUUGGAUUCACUCUCCUAUACUAAGGCUUUGCAUCCCAGGGUUUCUUUUGAAGAUGAUGGUCCCGUUGGUAAGGUGAAAUAUUCUGUGACUUGCUACCAUGCAAAAUGGUUUGAAUCACUGAGGAGGAUUUGUUGCCCAUCAAAGCUUGAUUUUAUAAGGUCCCUUAGUCGUUGCAAGAAGUGGGGAGCUCAGGGUGGCAAGAGCAAUGUUUUCUUUGCAAAAACCUUGGAUGAUCGGUUUAUAAUUAAACAAGUUACAAAGACAGAAUUGGAAUCAUUUAUGAAAUUUGCGCCUGGAUAUUUCAAGUAUUUAUCUGAAUCAAUUGGAGAGGGAGGUCCAACAUGCCUGGCAAAGAUUCUUGGCAUUUAUCAGGUUACUGCAAAGCAUUUUAAAGGUGGGAAGGAAUCUAGGAUGGAUGUUCUAGUAAUGGAGAAUCUUCUAUUCAGAAGGACUGUCACACGGCUAUAUGAUCUCAAAGGAUCUUCUAGAUCCCGGUAUAAUCCAGAUUCCAGUGGGAGCAAUAAGGUUCUUCUGGAUCAGAACUUGAUUGAAGCAAUGCCAACUUCCCCUAUUUUUGUCAGUAACAAAGCAAAGCGGUUGUUGGAAAGAGCAGUCUGGAACGACACUUCUUUUCUUGCAUCAAUCGACGUAGUGGAUUACUCAUUACUGGUUGGAGUGGAUGAAGAGAAGCAUCAGCUGGUACUUGGAAUCAUUGAUUUCAUGAGGCAGUACACCUGGGACAAGCAUCUUGAAACAUGGGUGAAGGCCUCAGGCAUCCUUGGCGGACCAAAGAAUGCAUCACCUACAGUAAUUUCAGCAAAACAAUACAAGAAAAGGUUCAGGAAAGCGAUGAGUACGUAUUUCUUAAUGGUUCCAGAUGACUGGUCUCCUGCCCUGAAGCCAUUCAGCAUAUCUCAGUCAGAAUGUGAAGAUACAGCACAAGAAGGAGCCUCAGUUGAAUGAUACUGUGAGUCAGUCAUUGUACAUUAACAUAUAUAAUUCAUUUUCAUUUUGAUCUUCAUUUUUUCAAUUCUUUUGGAGAGAAAAAUUUUCUUUUCUAAAACAAAAUAAUAAUAAUAAUAAUAAUAAUAGAGGGGUGGAGAAAUUCAUUAUCAUUCUUUAGGAGUUGCAAAACAAGGCUCUGAAAGCCAUGGAAAUUUCUGUCAGAGGUUCAAUAUUUGAUGACCUCUCUGCGAAAUUUUGUACAAAAUAUUUAUUAAUAUAUUUAGUAUUUCUUG